AUGUCCCCUACUCUCAGACCUGCGCCAGUGGAGUCGCAGCCUGAGUUUGUGCAUGCCAUCGACCCUCAACUAUGUGCCAUGCAUCCUACCGAUGCCCCAGCUCCUGACUUUACGCAUGUGGAUUUCUUUGGCGCGCCCAAACUUUUCGAUCUAUACGACGAUCUGAGCAAUGCUAACUGGUUCUCGGAUAGCCUAGACGUAGGUCUUUGGCCAGUACCCUUCGAUCUUCACAGCGAGACUCAACUCCUGCAAGAUAUUCGUCGCGCCGAGGCCGUACCGCCCCAGGUACAUCAAGAGCUGCCAUGUUCUCCAAAACCUUGUUUGCCUCCCACUCCGUCUUCUGACAUUGCGGAUCUCUACAGCCGCAGUCGUACGCCCGUCCUAGAUAAGGAUGCUGUUGACGUCCGACAAUAUCACCCUACAUCUAUUGAGGUAGACGCACCACUGUCCUUGCCCGAGAUUGACCUGCGGUCGCUCGUGCAGGCUGACAUGGAAGAUUUUGCACACGUCGAGAGCUUCUCCCAUGCAAACGUAGAUGCCUUGAAUAGCUUGAUCGACGACGUACACAGCUCUGGGCGCACAAAGUCGCUCGCAGAAGUUAUUGGCACUGAUGGCUGGUUGUCUAUUUGGUCGAAGACGAGCACAGUUGGUAAACAGGUUAUCCUCCAAGAACUCAUGGACAGGGUCCGGCCGACGAGCUCGACAAAUGAUCCAAAGGUCGCAUUGUCUCCAGAUAGUGCCCAGGCAAAGGAAGUCUUGGAAAGCCUUCUCUCGGUUCUGACUGAAGGCCAAGAUAAUCCAGUGCACGAACUGAAAGCUUUGAUAGCACAUAAGGCUAUUUGUUUGACAUCCCUUCUCAUCUGCUCCUCUCCAGCAAUAGAUCUCAGCAAAGCCGCCAUGAGCCAGAUAUACAACCGCAUGACCGACAGAGAGCUUUCACAGAUUGCCCAAGUCUGGAGGGAAGCACCUCAUCAGGGCCGAGAGGCGGUCUUCUACGCGGUGUGUGUUUUCGAAACUAUCCGAAACAAUCACACGAUACAUUUUUCUAUGCCAGCGUUUCUACUUAGGGCCGUCUUAACGCUCUGGCUAUAUUCACUCCUUUUCGACAAACCCGAGGUCACUGGAUAUGUUGUUGAGCAGGAAGACUCAGGUUCUAUUGCCCUUGGGGCCACACAUAUUCAUAGCGACCAGUUCCGUGACUGGAUAGCUCAUGGCCGCGGUCGAGUCAAGCUACCGAGUAUCGCGAACCUGCGGUGUUGGCAGGGAAGGCGAAAGCUGCUUGAGCACUCCAUUGCCGCUAUGGGAUCUUUGAAAAGUUGGGGCAUCAGCAAGGGGGUGCUCUUUGUGCUUGAGAAAUUAGGCCUAUCCUACGACUUGCAGAAUGUUGACAUGCAAAAGGGUGAGCAUCGCUCUCCCGACUUCGUCGCCUCCCGCCACCCAUUCGGCAAACUCCCAGCCAUCCAAGACGAUGUCAUCAAGCUCUUCGAGUCCCGCGCUAUUGCUCGGUACCUCGUUAUCAAGCACCCUGGGGCCUUGAGCCUGCCGACCGACCUCACUGCGCUCGGCCAGUUCGAAGAAGCCGCAAGCGUUGAGUAUUCGUACUUUGACCCCGCAGUCAGCAAGCUUGGCUGGGAGAAGGUACUCAAGAAGAUGGUGACGGGCCAGGAUGCAGAUGCCGAGGUCGUGGUGCAAUUGGAGCAGGAGCUGAGGCAGGUUCUGGAUUAUUAUGAGACCGUUUUGUCGGAACGCGAGUGGCUCGCUGGAGCGAACUUCAGUCUAAUCGAGGUGUUCAACGCCCCAUGGUUCAACUUUCUGGUUGGACGACUUGGUUACGGCGAAGAAAUAGCAUCUCGGCCGCACGUCCAAGCUUGGUGGGAAAAGGUCAGCCAGGAUGCGGCUUGGAACAAGAUCACUGCUACUUGA